UAUGCUUCUGACAGUUAAGUAAGAGUCGACAGUCUAUGAGGGUCUAACCGGAGCCCAGCCGAUAACUCCACAACGGUCCUCGGUGGAACUCAGCCCUCUGAGAAUGCGAGCUAUCUCUACUUGCAGUCUGUGAAGCGCCUUCCCACAGCGUAACUUGCCCCAGAUCUAGGCUUGCUGCUGCGAACAAGUUAGAACCAUGGCCGCCGCGGGUCUUCCGGAGGAGAAUGAUACGCGCAAACGGAGUCUGCCGGUGCUCGUAUUUGGCGACUUCAUGGUCACGGCGUUGUGGGUCAUGGCGUCGAGUUGCUUCGCUGAGGCAUCUGGAUACCUGGCCAAGUACACUGGCAUGGAUGAACUGGUGCUUGGUAUUGGAGUCCUGGUUACGACCCUCACCCUCUUCGGUCCACUGUGCGAGUCCUUCGGAGGCGCGCUGUUCAACCCGAUCCACUGCGUUGCCCUUAUGAGUAGCGGAAAGGGUAGCAUAGCUGGUCACCUGUUGCGCAUGGGGGCACAGCUGGCAGGUGCACUUGCUGGCAGCUUGGCGGCUAAGACAUACUUACCCGAUUGGCUCCAGGGGAAGUUUCACACUUUGUCCGGGGGCAUCAAGGAUGGCGUCGCGUUUGAGAUCGGGUUUGCCUGCGAAGGCACCAUGAGCUUUGUGCUGAACUAUGUCUUUUUGUUAUCGCAAGAGGCGGACAGUCGUUUGCUGACGUUGUGGACUCCCAUGCUGUCCACUGUCACCCUGAGUUGGAUUGGCUAUUACUUUACGGGACCCUCUCUGAACCCUUUUGUGAGCUUUUCCUGGCACCUUCAUUACAAGCGACAAAACGACCUGGAACAUUACCUGGUGUUUUGGAGCGCGCCCAUCCUAGGUGCAGUGGCAGCGGGCCUGGCCUUUCUUUUCCAACGCAAACCAGCGCAACGUAAGGGCAGGCGCCCCUCCAAGGCCGCCAUUGCUGCCCGCGGCCAGAAAACUCUGCAGCAGCAGCAGCUCCAGAGGCACCAGCACCACAAUCAGAACGAUCAAAGCUACAGCAACCACCACAACCACCACCAGGCCUACCCUGGAAAGGAAACGCAAUGAUGGCGCCAGUGCGGCGAGUGACAGAUGUGGACCUGUCGCAUGCAUCCCUUUCGAAAGCCAGUGUAUGGGCAUUCUGCAGCACCGUCGUAUGCGGGCUUCUUCAUGGGUCGCGCUACUGGUAGUGUUGGGGUGCAGCGUGUAGGGGAUUCAGGGCAGCAUGGAGCUUUGGAAACUGGAUGUGCGCUCAUGGGCGCAAACUGACGCGCACAUUGGAAUGGUUGCUCGAAGCUUAUUGUGACUGCGGUUUGACUAGCGAGAACUUGGGUGAUGCUAUAAGACUUGAUAAACUUGUACUGGCUCGGUUGUGACCGCGGACACGGCCGCUUCCCAUAUUUGCAUGCGUGGCUUUUCGGCAUGUGCUUCGACGCAGCUGACGAGCAUCUCCGCAACGAUGUACACAUAUUCCCACAGAUGGACGUGAGUUCGGGGAUGUCGAGUUGCAUGCCUCGCGACAAAACUUUUAGUUACACUUGUGGAAAGGGGGAUGCCCUUGGGCACUGCCUCGGCAGAUAUGUGUCUUUCACAGGAUAGGUCACAUAUUCAAUGCGGACUCAUGGCAAAUUGAUAUUAAAUGUUGUUUGGACGAUUAAGAGGAAUUUGUCCGCGUUUCUAAAUUCGGUCGAGAGUCCUGCGGCAUUUUGCCGCGCGUGUUUCGUUGGGGGAGGGGUUCCAUCUAGGCUUGCGGGGAUACCCUGAUAUGACAAGUGUACACGAGAUGACCAUCCAAAGACAAUGCAAAAUGAAGUCGAAG